AUGUCAAACGGCGCCGAAGGAUUGAUCUCCAUCGUCAUCAUCAACCCGAACUCUUCGCAGUCGAUGACAACAGCUCUGGAGCCAAUCCUCGCCAACCUCACCCACCCGGCGUUGAGUCUGCGGUACCACACGGGCCCAGACCAGUCACCGCCAUCGGUCAACGACUCUACGACCUCCGUCCUCUCGGCCGCGCACACAUUCGCCUCGUUGCAAACGUUUCUCGGCGAGGCCGAAGACCACCAAGUAGACGCGUUUCUCGUCGCAUGCUUCUCCGACCAUCCCUUGGUGGGGAUGCUCAGAGAGCAUACUACGAAACCCGUGCUGGGGAUCUUCGAGGCAUCCAUCAUGCACGCCCUCGCGCUCGGACGGCCAUUCGGAGUCGUGACAACGGGGCAGUACUGGGAGGCUGCGCUCACCGACGGGGUGCGGAGCCGUUUUGGGUCGGCUGACCUCGGCGGCGCCUUCGUGGGCGUGGAGAGCACCGGCAUGAGCGCGCUCGAGCUGCAUGAGGCGCGGGCGGAGAUCGUAACAGGAGCGUUGGGCGUGGCGGCGGCGAAGAUUGUCGGGAGAGGGGCGCGGACGAUUAUCAUGGGGUGCGCUGGGAUGAGCGGCAUGGAACGCGCCAUCCGCGGGGGCUGCGCUGGGGAGCAGGUGGUCGUGGUGGACGCGGUGAGGAGCGGAGUCACGGUGCUGGAAGGGCUUGUCAGGGCGAUGCGCGACUAG